GUCUUGGUUCUACCCGGACCGCGAUCUGUGCCGCAGCGUUGUUUGCCCACGCUGUGAGAGCUUGAAUCACACGUGAAAAGAAACGAUAGCCUUUAAUAACGUGUUUUUUAUCAUCAUAACGAAGUUUUUCAGUGUUAAAAUGGUAGAUAUAGAGGAGGACAGUCAGCUGGGGCUGGAGUCUGAAGAGGAAUAUGAGGAAUUAUCUGAUGGGGAGCUCCAGGAGGCUUUUGCCAAAGGACUUCUCAAACCUGGUUUAAAUAUUCCUCUAGAAGAACCAAAGAAGGCCGUCAACAACGUAGAGGGGCUGAAGAAGUGCCUGGCUGACUUUAAGAAGAACCUGCCUUGGGUCGAGAGGCUGGACCUCACCAACAAACCAGUAGAUGACGUUCUGGCCAAAGCUGAAGGAAGACCGAGCAACGACGACGUCAAUCCUGAGGACGAUUUUCAGAGGGAAAUGUAUUUCUAUCGACAGGCUCAAGCAACUGUUCUUGAGGCCCUUCCAAAGUUAAAGAAGCUGAAUAUUUUUACUAAAAGGCCUGAUGAUUACUUUGCAGAGAUGUCCAAGACUGAUCAGCAUAUGCAGAAGAUCAGGAAGAAGCUCAUGCAGAAGCAAGUAGCAAUGGAGAAUUCUGAAAAGGCCAAGAAGCUGAGAGAACAGAGGAAGUUCGGCAAAAAGGUACAAGUGGAGGUUCUCCAGAAGAGGCAGAAGCAGAAGAGGGACAUGAUGACGGCAGUGAAGAAAUAUCAGAGAGGCAUGACAGACAAGUUGGACUUCUUGGAAGGAGAUAAGGAGGGAAAGAAUGGACCCGCCUCAUCCAAGAAACAGAUGGGCAAAAGAGGAGGCCCAAGCUCUAAGAGGAAGUACAAGGACCAGAAGUUUGGCUUUGGAGGCAGGAAGAAAGGCUCCAAAAGGAACACGAAAGAAAGCCAUGAUGACGUUUCAGGAUUCCGGGCUAAAGCAGCCCACGGGAAAGGGGGAAAGAAAUUUGGCAAAGGAGGAAAAAAUAAAAGACCAGGAAAGGAGACCCGGCGGAAAAUGAAGUCCCGAAAGUGAGGGAUUACUCCUGUUAGUUAGUUAGUUAGUUUCCCCUUAUGUUUCUAUGCAAGUGGACUUCUCUGUUAAGACACUUGAUCAUCCAUGGCGUCCACAUGGCCACCGCUCUGCUUCUCACCACCGUUCCACAGAUUCUGCACAUGCUAAUGCAGCCGUGUGGUUGACUCGGACACUCGUCUGGUGAGAGGACUUGAUUUGAAACGGCUCCUCCUUCAUUAGUCGGCUUUUCCGGUGCCAUUCGAGGAUUCCCCUUGGAUUUCUCCUUCUUUUUAUGUCAGUUUUAUUCUAAGCUGUGUUCUUUUCUUCCUUUUUCCCCCCUCUUUCUCCUUUUCUAAACUCUGCAACAUGAACUAAUUGGAUAUAUAGUUUUUUUUCUCUGGUUACUGCUGUAAAAAAUAAUUUUGUAAGGAAAAGCUGUACCCCCCCAUGGGCUGUUUCUGUUUCUCACAGUGUUAAGCUCAGUCCUGGAUGGAGAAAUAAAUGUAGAGUGCCCACAUUCUCAUGACACAGGCGUCACACGCAUUAUGUGUUUUCCUCUGUAAUUAUAAUACAUAUUUUAUAAUGA